GAAAAAAAAAAAAGAAGAAGAAAAGGAGCAAUAGCUCUUGGAAGAGAGAGGGAAGAAAGAAGAUGAGGCUUUUGCUGCUCACCAUUCAUCCAAGAUAAUAAAACCCUUUCUCUGCAAAAACUAAACCAAGAGAUAUAACACCAGAAGAAGAAAGAGAGUGAGGGAGAGAGAGAGAGAGAGGCCUUUCAUUUUGGAGACCAGACGAAAACCCAGCAAAGGGGAAUUAUAUCUUUUGCAAAGAAAACCAGAGGGGGAUAAACAAGAAAUGGCACUCAGAAUUUGGGCAUCUUCCACUGCCAAUGCUUUAGGCCUCUCUGUUGCUUCCAAAGCUCCAGCCUUGGCGCCUCUCUCCAGAUGCUUCUCCUCUGUACUGGACGGGCUGAAGUAUGCAAAGUCCCAUGAGUGGGUGAAGCAUGAAGGUGAUGUUGCUCUCGUUGGCAUCACAGAUCAUGCUCAGGAUCACUUGGGGGAAGUGGUGUUCGUGGAGUUGCCGGAGGUAGGCGCUGCGGUCAGCCAAGGCGGCAGCUUUGCUAACAUUGAGAGUGUGAAGGCAACCAGCGACGUGAAUUCCCCUGUCUCCGGCGAGGUCGUGGCAGUCAACGACAAGCUUGGUGAAGCCCCAGGCCUGGUGAAUACGAGCCCAUAUGAAGACGGGUGGAUGAUUAAGGUGAAGCCCAGCAACGCGUCGGAGCUGGGAAGCCUGAUGGGCCCAAAGGACUACACAAAAUUCUGCGAGGAAGAAGAUGCUGCUCAUUGAUUUUUUUUUUUUUCAUGUAAAAAUAUUUUUAUCUACGCAAUCGUCCAAUGUUAAUUAACUGUUGUUGGCUUGUUGCCUGUCUCUCCCUUUUGUUGGACUAACUUGGAUGCAUUACGGUCUCGUGUGUUGUUUUGGAUUCACAAUCACAAGAUAGCCAAAUAAAAAGUCAGUCACUUCCCUCCCUUUGCGAUUGUUGUGCAAGAAGGUCAUCAAUGAGUGAUUUCUUCACUAUUGGCUUCCCGAUAAGUAAGAAUAGAAUGAUUAGAAUGCU